AUGAACUACCGCUUCCAGAACCUCCUGGGCGCGCCGUACCGCGGCGGCGACGCCGUCUUCGCGGGGGACUCCUCCGUGCUCCUCUCGGCGGUGGGGAACCGCGUCGCGACCACCGACCUCGCCGCCUCCUCCUCCCUCACCCUCCCCUUCGAGUCCUCCGCCAACAUCGCCCGCCUCGCCACCUCCCCCUCGGGCGACUUCCUCCUCGCCUGCGACGAGAAGGGCCGCGCGCUCUACGCCAACCUCCGCCGCCGCGCCGUCCUACACCGCGUCUCCUUCAAGGCCGCCCCCUCCGGAAUCCGCUUCAGCCCCGACGGCCAGCUCAUCGCCGUCGCCGUCGGGAAGCUCGUCCAGAUCUGGCGCUCGCCCUCCUUCCGCAAGGAGUUCUUCCCCUUCCACCUCCUCCGCACCUUCCCCGGCUUCGCCGCCGGGGUCACCUCCUUCGACUGGUCCCCUGACUCCGCCUCCCUCCUCGUCGCCUGCAAGGACCUCACCGCCCGCAUCUUGCCCGUCAAGCGGGGCACCGGGAACAAGCCCUUUCUCUUCCUCGGCCACCGCGCGGCUGUCAUUGGCGCCUUCUUCGCCACCGAUAAGAAGACGGGCAGAGUCCACGGGGUCUACACGGUUUCAAAGGACGGAGCUAUCUUUACUUGGAAUUUGGUGGAGGGCAAUGAUGCUGCAUCUCCACCUUCACCCGGGACACCGGAGCAGGAAUCAGAGCAGAAUGGUGAGCCGGAAAUUGAUGCUGGGAGCAGGAAGAGGAAGAGCUCGGGAGAACUGGAAGAGCCCAGCACCACUCCACUUCAUUUGGCAAAGUGGGAGUUGCAGAAGAAGAACUUCUUCAUGCAGGCGCCGGCUAAGUUAACAGCCUGUGAUUACCACCGGGAUCUUGACAUGGUGGUGGUUGGGUUCUCUAAUGGGGUAUUUGGGCUGUACCAGAUGCCGGACUUUGUGUGCCACUGCCAGCUGUCAAUAUCAAGGGAGAAGAUCACUACUGCUAUUUUCAACAGCUUGGGGAAUUGGCUAGUUUUUGGGUGCGCCAAGCUUGGGCAACUGCUGGUGUGGGAGUGGCGGUCAGAGACCUACAUUUUGAAGCAGCAGGGUCACUACUUUGAUGUGAACUGCAUUGCAUACUCACCAGAUUCUCAGUUAAUUGCUACUGGAGCUGAUGAUAACAAAGUCAAGGUCUGGACGGCUGCCACUGGGUUCUGUUUCAUAACAUUUUCCGAGCAUACAAAUGCUGUUACUGCAGUUCAUUUUAUGGCCAAUAACCAUUCUCUUCUCAGUGCCUCCCUUGAUGGGACUAUUCGAGCGUGGGAUCUGUUCCGUUAUCGUAACUUCAAGACAUUUACGACCCCUUCACCUAGACAAUUCGUUUCUUUAACGGCAGAUCAGAGUGGGGAAGUAAUUUGUGCUGGAACACUUGAUUCAUUUGAGAUUUAUGUUUGGUCAAUGAAGACUGGUCGUUUGUUGGAUGUACUCAGUGGCCACCAAGGACCAGUUCAUGGUCUAAUGUUUUCACCAAUCAGUGCUAUUUUGGCUUCAUCAUCGUGGGACAAGACCGUUCGUCUUUGGGAUGUAUUUGAGAGCAAGGGUGCUGUGGAAACGUUUCAACACUCACAUGAUGUUCUUACCUUGGCUUAUCGUCCUGACGGAAGGCAGAUUGCAUGCAGCACACUAGAUGGCCUAAUCAAUUUCUGGGAUCCUUUUGAUGGCUUAUUGAUGUAUACAAUUGAAGGUCGCAGGGAUAUUUCUGGUGGGCGCCUCAUGACAGAUAGAAGAUCUGCAGCUAAUACAAGUAUAGGAAAGUACUUCACGACGCUGUGCUAUUCUGCCGAUGGAAGCUAUAUUUUAGCAGGAGGAAACAGCAAAUAUAUCUGCAUGUACGAUAUUGGAGAACAGGUGCUGUUGCGUAGAUUCCAGAUCACUCGCAAUCUUUCAUUGGAUGGAGUUCUUGAUUUUCUGAACUCAAAAAAUAUGACUGAUGCUGGUCCACUAGAUCUAAUCGACGACGAAGAUAGUGAUGUUGAGGAUGGAAUUGAUCAACAAACAAGAGGUAGCCUGGGGCAUGGUUUACCUGGAUCCAUGGCAAAUCGUGGAAGGCCCAUAGCUCGGACAAAAUGUGUGAAAUUUGCUCCAACAGGAAGAUCUUUUGCUGCAGCGACCACUGAUGGUGUUCUGUUGUACUCGGUUGAUGAAUCAUUUAUUUUUGAUCCAACAGAUCUUGACAUUGAUGUUACUCCUGAGAAAGUGGAGGAAGCUCUUGCAGAAAACCAACAACAGAGAGCCCUUGUACUGAGCCUCCGGUUAAACGAAGACUCCUUGAUUAAGAAAUGCAUCUUUGCUGUGGAUCCAUCCAAUGUACGAGCAAUCUGCUCAUCAGUACCCUUCAAGUAUCUUCAGAGAUUGAUUGAUGCAUUCGCUGACCUCCUGGAAAGCUGUCCCCAUCUGGAGUUCAUCCUGCUCUGGGCUCAGGAGCUUUGCAAGGUUGAUGGAAGCUACAUCCAGCAGAACUCCAGGACCUUGCUUCCUGCUCUCAAGUCAUUGCAGAAGUCUAUAACAAAGUUGCACCAGGAUCUGGCGGACACUUGUUCCUCCAACGAGUACAUGCUCAAAUAUCUGAGCUCUGCUGGGACAAAGAGUUAG